AUGAUUUCUGAAGAAACACUCAAGUAUUGCAAUCAUAUAAAUGAUUUAAUUCCAAAUCCAAUAAGAUAACAUCACAAUUAGAUCGUUUAAAAUUUUCUUAAAACAGGAAAAUCAAAAUCUUUUAGAAAACUGUCAAAGAUAUACAUUAGAGAUAAAUUAAACUAUGCUCAAGAAUGCAUAAUAUUUUUUGACAUUGAUAGUUUAUAGCUUAAUGAUCUAAGUUUGAUCACUUUUAUUAAGCCUAUAAGAAGUUAUUCUAGUACUGUUAGCCUUUUUUUUGAUUUUGAUGGAAAUCUUUAAUGCUCUACUCCUAACAUAUGGCAAAAUUUAUUCUAAAAAGAAGAAAUGAUAGAGUUCGAGAAAACUCAUUUGCAUAAUUUAAGCUGGUAUUCUUUAUUCCCAAAAAUUUAAGAAUACAUAACAUCAAAUUAAACUUAAGAGAGAAAUUUUAAUAAAUUCUUCAAGGUUAAGAUGUUUUUACCAAAAGAAAAUUCCGUAAACUCAAAAAGUUAAUCUGCCUCAUCUUUUAAUAUUCCUAAGGUAUUUUACGAAUCCCAAAAAGUUCAAAGCUCUUACAAAUAACGAGGAUUUAUUGAAUUUGAAGUAGCCUUAAAUGUGAUAUAGCAGCCUUAUCAAAAUAGAUAAUAAGGCAGAUAUGAAAGGUAUUACAUUUUUGAGUUAGACGACAUUAAAAAGAUUAGAGAUGAUUCUACAUCAGGAAACAGUACAAGUUUUACAAAGUUAGACUCCUCUUUUAAAACUAAUACUGCUGAUAAUAUUUCUGUUAAUAGUGCUAUUAAGAUAACGAAUGGCUUAGAGACAGAAUAAAAUACUAAUGAAGAUGAAGCAGAUCAUAUAAGAUAAUAAAAUUUAUUGAAAAAUAAAAAAAAAAGUUAGGAUAGCACAAAUUAAAUUAGCAAAAAUGCAUAGCAAGUAAAUAAUAUUUAACUAGAUAAAGUAGUAAAAUAAGAUGUUUUGGAGCAAUAAACAAAUAAUUAAAAUUAAAUAUAGUUAUAGAAUUAAUCUAAAGUAGUAGCAUCUAAUGGUUCAGACAAUAAAUAGUAAAUUUUAGAAAAAAGCCCAACAUUUAAAAACUAAUCAAGCAGUGAUUUAGGUAAAACAAUAUAUUAGGGCUAAAAUAGAGAUUAGUUUUCUCCAUCGAGACUCAAUAAUACUUCCACUUAUUGGACAUUUAAUAAUUUCAUGAGUUCAGAAGAAGUUAUUCCUAUAAGAGAUUAAAGGUCUACUUCUUAAUAAUAAAUAAAUGGAAAUUAGAUAAGAGUAAAGAAAUCUUCUUCAAUUCAUUAAGAAAAUAAUAAAGAUCUUGAAGUUAUCCAAGAACAUAUUGAUUCUAAAUCACCUAGGGAAUCUGAUAGAAAAGAAAGUGUAGAAGAGUCUUUUUAGUAUUAAUAUAUUUCUUUGUAAAAAGAAUUUAUUUCAGACCACCAAGAGAAAGCAAACAAAUACUUUUAAUAGGAUUUAGAUUUAUCUCCGGUUUAACUAAAUCCAACAGAUAAAUAUACUCUCCAGAAAAAAUAAUAAGAAAAUAGCAAUAAUAAUAAUAAUUAACUAGAUGGAAAAUUAAUCAAUAAAAAAAUAGAUAUAGAUCAGAAUGAUGAAGCGACUAAGUUAGAUUUUAAAUAUAACCAAGACAUAAGCAAUUUACUUAGCAAUAAAAAUAAUUCUUAAUCUAAUUAAUAUUUAAUUAAAACUAAUUAAGAGCUUAAUGAUUUAAAGCAAUUUUAAGACUUAAGUAAACAAGAGAUCAAAUUAAAUUAUGAUUUAAGCAAUUAUGAUUAUUCUAUAAAUGGUUAAAAAAAUUUAUACUAAGAAACUGAUUACAAAGAAUUAGAGGUUAUCAGCAUAGACAGAAAUUAUGGAGUUAAAGAUGCCAAUAACAAUUAAAUACUUUAAAAUCACUCUUUUUAUGAAAAUUAAAUAAAACCUUCAAAUAAAAUUAACAUUCAAAAUGAUAUUCAAAAACAAUAGUAAAUGAAUGCAAUUUCAAAAGGAAAUUAGUAAAUAUUUUACGACAAUAAAUCUGAGGAAUCUAGCAGCGAUAGCAAUCAGGCAUAGUAAGAUAAAAAUUAAAAUUUGUCUCCAUAAUAUUAUGGAUUAACUUCUCCCACAAUGUAAUUUGUUUCUCCUCGAGAUGUCAAUUAGCAAAUUUUACAGCUAAGUGCAAAAAAUUUAUUAAAUUCAACCUCAGAAGAGACAUCAGGAGUUUCUCUAAAUAAUUAAUCUUAUCUCCCCUUCUCAUAGAAUUAACUCAUCAGCCCUAAAAACUCUUCUUUUUAGCAACUUUAAAAAGUGGAAAAAAUAGAAGAAUGUGUAACAGAAGAAGAUGAUGAAAAUGAUACUUAACAUAAAAGAAAAACACAACAAAAAAAAUAAGACUUGAAUUAAAAAUUAUUUUUUCAAAGUAGAAUAAAGUCAUAGUACUACGACAAAUCCUAAAAAAAAAAGAAGCAUCAAUCUAGGAGAUAAAAAUUCAUGGAAAGCAUGGAAAUUACUUCAACUAACCAACCUAACAUGGACUAAAAAGAAGAAGAAGCAAAUUAAAUUAAAAACAACUAUUAAAGUUCAGUUGCCAAUACUAAUAAAUUUGGAAGAUACCAAUAUUUGUAGAAAUAUUAAAAGUUGCAUUAUUUUAUGGAAUCUAAGUCAAAUCCUAAAUCUCUUAUGUAUUUCUUGUAUUUAAGAAUCACAGAGCUAGUUGCUUCUAUUAUUCUGAUUUCUUCAUUUACUAUUUUUAUUAAAACAUUGAUAAACAAUCAUCAAAGCAACAUUCAAAUAUUAAAAUACUAAAGUGAGUUCUUAGGUCCCAUCGACUAAGGAUUUGGAUGUAUUUGGUAAGGAGUUAAUUAUUAUUUCUAAAUGGCAACAAAAGUUAGAAAUUAUACAACUUAUAAGCAACAUAUUAAUUUUAUAUCAGCUAACAUAAACUAUACUUAUACAAAUCUAAAGUCUUUUUCUGAAGUUGAUCAAUCAAAUCCUGUUAUCCUUGAUUUUUUAGAUAGCUAAACCUAUUUAUUUUAGCCAGAUGGUUACAAAAAUGUGAAUACAGUUUUGCAGUACAAUAGAUUAAUCAUAUACCAAUUAGUGAAAGCUUUCAAAUACAUAUCUAAUUGGAACUGGGACAAGCUAUAAGAUAUUUCUGUUUAUGAAUUUGAUGUUGGAUUUCUAAAUGCAAAUAUUAUGGCUAUUACAGAUUUGUUCAGCAAAAUAUCUUAAUAAACUAUGGAUUCAUUAUAAAACGAUGUAAGCUACUAGAAUCAACUUAUAUUAAUUAUUUUGAUUAUAAUGAUGCUCGUGUUUUGUAUUUUAAGUGCAAUUUCUACAAAUUUCUAUGUAAAAUAUCUCAGACUAAAAGAAGCUUUAAUAGAAUUAUUCAGAUAUAUUGAUAAAGCUUGGGCUGAUAAUGAAAUAGAAAGAUCUAAAAAAUCAUUGCAAUAAAUUGAAAAUUAUAAUAAUUUAAAUUUUUUAAACGGGUAUAAUUUCUCUCUAGAAGAAAAAGACAGUCACCUUGGCUCUAUGGAAGACAAGAAAAACUCCUCUAUCAAAUCUUAUAGAUAAGGAAAUAACAGCAAAUCUUUUAAAAUUGUUUAAAAGAGAUUUGUUAAUAAAAUCCUAAUCCUUAUCAUGUAUUUCAUCUUUGUAGCUGGUACUACGAGCUGCUUGAUAGGUGUGUAUAUUUAUAAUACUUAAUACAUAAAUAGUUAUGUUAGUGCUUGCAAAACUUAUUAAAAAUUUGCAGAUUCUCACUCUCUUGUUUCAAGGCUUACAGGAUUAUAAGAAUUUUAUUAUAGUAUAACCGCAAACUGGUUUAAAUAUAUGAAUUAUAGUAAUAUAACUACUUCUAUACCUGAAUAUAACAACCUUCUUAUUUAAGCUCAAAAUUUUGUUUCAAGUGAGCUUUAAAAUACACAAAAUUUAGGUUCAAAUUAAUUUUUAGAUGACUUUUAAAAUUUCAUAGUCAGCUUGUAAAAUACAAAUCUCUGUACAUAGAUCUUAAAUAUGCAAGAUUACAAUUUAUAACUCUGUCAAUAAAUUUAAUCUGGUUCAAUGCAGACAGGAAUAAUUACCACUUUUACAUAAUUAUUGAAUGAUUUAAAUAAUGAACAUAAAAUAACAAAUUUUAACAUCACUCUAAGAAAUCCAAGAUAUCCUGAUGGUGAUCAUUUAGAAGCAGGUAUAAUGUGUACUAGAAUCCUGAAAUAUGCAAGUGAUAUUUUAAACAGGGAUAUAUAGUAAAUGAUUGAUAGUGCCUGGAAAAUUAUGCUUUUGAUGACAAUUCUAUUUUUAAUGUUUAUGCUAAUUUUAAAUUUGUCUCUAGUCUUAUAUGGAUACUACUAUUUUGUCUAAGAUUACAAAUACACUAAAAGAUGUUUACUCUUACUUCCUUUGAAUACUCUUAUUUUAGAAAAUGCAUUUAAUUCAAAUUUAAGAAUUCUCUAUCUAUAAAACGGUUUAAUGGAUGAGCAGUGA